ACUUGAGCUAAAAUGCCAGUUAUAUCAUAUGAACAGCACUGGCGUUGUGUUUGAAUGGAGUUUGAAUGAUGUACAAAUUAGUAGUACAAGAAAUAUUACUGUAAAGAAUACAAAGAGCUCCAGUACUUUGACUGUGAUGCAUUUCAGUGAUGAUGAUGGUGGUAUAUAUAAAUGUGUAGCAUACAACGAAGCUAAACUGGUAUCACAGGAUAUGGCAGUCACAUUUGAUGGUUGUCAUGAUGGUCUUUGGGGCGAAAAGUGUGACAAAAUCUGUGGAUGUGAACAUAAUGGUGUAUGCCAACGUUUCAAAGGUUGUAUCUGCACAGAUUAUCAUGAAAGGUGGGGAGAGACCUGUGAUAAAGUAUGUUAUUGCGAGGGAAACAGUACGUGUCACGAAUAUGAAGGUUUCUGCCAAUGUGAAGAAUGGGAAUGGGGUCAUCUCUGUCAACAUAGGUGUGAUUGUGGAGGAGGCGCUGACAGAUGUUUACCUAGUGAUGGUGAAUGUGUGUGUCGACUAGGAUGGUCGGGCGAACGAUGUGACUUCGAUCUGAAGAGGCCAGCUUUUAUCAUUGGAAUGAUAUUCACGGGUUUGGUUUUACUCAUCGUUGCCAUUGUUGUAGCAGUCAGGUAUUACCGACGUCAUUAUAGUGGUUACACGAAUGUGCCUGAUAGGAAACUACUAGUUACCAGCGCUGACAACAACGUCAUGUAGUUGUGUAUUGACCUCAAAGAUCAGCUGUAUUGAGGACUAUAUUGUUUUGUUUUGAACUUGAUGCAAGUGAUUUGAUUGAGACAUUAUUCGCU